AUGAUUGCAGCAGCUGUAGCUGCGUCCAUGGAAAAGGCUUUGGCUAAGUCGUUCCAAUUUGAACAAGAUGCAUCCAAGCCCAUUCCGAGGACUAUGAUUCCUCCAGGGAACGCUCCCACCCCCCUAAACGCCAUUGGAAAGGCGAGGCUAUGGGACCACAACCUUUCUACACGGAUUCAUCUGCCCGCCAUUGAUUCCAUCAGUUUAGGGGAUCGGACCGUGGCGAAAUUCUCCAACGGUAAGUCACCAUUCUAUACUACCCCUAACCUCUUGCCAUAUCGCAGGUCGUGUUUCUCUUUUUUUCCAGAAUUGGGCAGACCUAUCCUCCGACACAUGGAUACUUCAGACGGUGCGGGGCUAUCAAAUAGAAUUCGAGACGAUGCCACUCAAACAGACCCCACCACGCCCGAUUCAAUUUUCACAGGCGGACGCUUGUGUGAUAGAUUCAGAACUUCAGGACAUUCCAAAGGUGCCAUCCAACCAGCUCCGGAUUCAACCGGGUUCUACAGCAAUAUCUUCCUGGUCAGGAAGAAAACUGGGGAAUUCCGACCCGUCAUCAACCUCAAGGAGCUCAAUUCCUACGUGGUGUACCACCACUUCAAAAUGGAGGGUAUCCACCUUCUGCGGGACCUACUGCGAGACAACGACUGGUUCACGCGUCUAGACCUAAAGGACGCAUACCUCACAAUCCCCGUACACGAAAGGAGCCACUCAUAUCUCAGUUUCUACUGGCACGGGACACCUUGGCAAUUCACCUGUCUCCCGUUUGGUCUCAGUUCGGCCCCAUGGUAUUUCACCAAAAUGAUGAAACCGGUAAUGGUGAGACUGAGGCCCAGGGCAUAAGAUGCAUUGUCUACCUCAACGACAUCUUGAUAUUCGACGAGGAUGCAAGGACCCUAAAGAGGCACACAGACUACACUGUACACCUACUCGACUCACUGGGCUUUGUUAUCAAUGGCCCCAUGUCAUCACUGACUCCCGGUCAGUCGAUCGAAUUCCUCGGAUUCGAGAUAGACUUAACAUCGUGCACUCUACGCCUCCCGACCGCAAAAAUUGCCACCAUCCGCAGAGAAAUUUGGAAGGUACUUCGACUAACAUCCAUACCUUUACGACUGCUGGCACGGAUCGUGGGCCUUCUCUCGUCAUCCAUUCAGGCCAUCUUUCAAGGACCCCAGCAUUACAGAGCCAUGCAACGCCUCAAGGCAAAGUUCCUUCGCAAAAAUCCAACAUACGACCAACCGGUCCCUAUGUCGGACGAGGUUCAGGAGGAGGCCUGCAGGCAGGCCUGGAACAGCCGGGCAAUAUUCGGAAACCAACCAGACUUCAUACUUGAGUCAGAUGCCAGCCGCUCAGGCGGGGGAGCAACAGACGGCACCUCCUCCACGGGAGGAGUGUGGACUCCCCAAGAACGUUCGAUGCAAAGGAACGAUCCAACUGCUGCAUCCUACUCCGGAUGGACAAUGUCUUGGCGGUAAGAUACAUCAACCGACUCGGAGGCACCCGCUCCCAAACACUAGUAGAACUCACAAAGGAAAUCUUCGAUUAUUGCCUGCCUCGCAACAUCACGCUGUUAGCGGAACACCUACCAGGGGAAUCCAACACGACAGCGGAUUGGUACUCACGCCACUGGAGGGAUGCCAGCGACUGGCAACUAGACCCUCAUAUUUUCACAAUUCUGGAUGCACAAAGGGGUCCCUUCUCCCUGGAUUUAUUCGCAUCCCGCAACAACCGUCAGACGAAGGACUUCUUCAGUUGGCUCCCUGAUCCGGAGAGUCUAGCAACGGACGCGUUUCUUCAACAAUGGCCACAACACGGAGCUUACACAUUCCCACCAUUCUCAAUGAUUACGAGGGUUCUUCACCGAACCCGCAUGCAGAGGGUGAUACUGACCCUCAUUACACCUCUAUGGCAAAGCCAACCAUGAUUCCCGGAUCUUCUGGAGCUGUCGAACAGGGAUCCCCUCCUCCUACCAAACACUCCGACCAUUCUCAGGAACCCGACGGGACUACCCCAUCCGCUGGUCAAGGAGGACCGGCUCCCCCUGGUGGCCUGAACUCUUUCAGGGGUUCCUGGCGAACCGAGGAUUUAUCGCAGGAAACUAGGGAUCUCCUAUGGGAACAAGGAGAUGCUACUUAGCAGCAUGGCACUGCUGGACAACUUGGUGUCUGGGACGGGAUCUCAAUCCCUUUACGGCACCUAUUCCCUCCAUCAUGAAUUUCCUCACCUCUCUAUUCACAGCCGGGAAAUCAAACCGGUCCAUCAAUGUGAUACGUUCAGCCAUCUCAGCGGCUCAUACGCCGACUCAAGGGACACCAGUAGGCCAGAACCCACUCAUCUGUAGACUCCUCUGAGGCAUGCACCUUCGGCGCCCCCCGGAGCCCAAAUACUCGAGACUUUGGGACGUUGGCAUAGUCUUACAGUUUUUACGAGACUGGCCUCCUAACGAGAAUUUAUCACUCCGCCAGCUUACGGCAAAAUUCACCUUCCUACUCUGCCUAGUCUCCUUUCGUCGGGUGUCCGAUGUACGCGCUUUUGACGCCAACGCAUUUACCUUUUGUCCAGCGUGAGUAACCUUCCAGGUCUCUAGGUGCACGAAGUUUGACUCUUCCUCUGUCUUUUACCCCUUUUUUCCCUCAGACCCUCAGCUCUGUGUGGUCUCUACUCUUCGUUGAUACAUGGAAGCAACCGCGACGUUGCGGCCUACUUCCAAUCGUCAACUUCUCAUCUCUUACGUUCGCCCCUAUGCUCCAGUCUCGGUUACUACGUUGGCCAGAUGGGUUAGAUGGCUCUUAGCCCUUGCCGGAAUAGACCAGGUUUUUGGAGCACACUCAGUUCAAGGGGCCGCGGCCUCUUCCGCCUACGCGGCAGGGGCCUCCCUUCCAGAUAUCUUCCGAGCGGCGGACUGGACUAGAGAAUCCACAUUUAGGACAUUCUACUUCCAUCCUCCAUCUAAUCCAGAUUUUGCUCUACUUUCUCAGUGUUGAAAUUGCAAAAUACGAAGCCUCCUGUCAUGUGAUAAAAUUGAAUAUUAUGCUAGCUUUAGUGUACAGAUAAUCUUAAUUUUAAUAAUGACAGGAGGCGAGUAUUUUCCCUCCCUGCUCUUACGCUCUUCCCUCCCUGUGUUUUCAUGCAUAUUUCUAUCUCUUUGUUCCAUGUUAUUAUUGUACUAAUGCCUAAGUUGGGUUUCUUCUCACACUUAAUAAAGAUAUACCAUGUGGGUGGGAUGAUUUACUUAGCAUCAAUAGAUGAGAGGAAUGUAUUCGCUCUAUUUCAAUAAUGAUGGUUUACUUAAUCAUAAGGGAUAGACAGCUCAUUGUUUUUACACAACCAUAGCUGGAAUCUAACACCCUUUAUAUUCUCGUUUCAGUUUAACCAGAUGAAUCAGGACACUAAAGACUCCAUUCAAGAUGUCAUCAUCGUCUUGUCAUGGAAGAUCGUCACUUGACAUAAAGAAGUCUUCCCUUGGAGUCUACCUGUUUAUGUUCAAUUUCAUGUUAUGAGUUAUCUCUAUUGUUUUUCUGCAUUGUGAUCUUGUGAUGUCGCAUGCUUUAAGAGGAAAUGAUGUCAUACGUUACACCUCUUAUACUCAAUACUGCAUUGUGAUUGGUUCUCAGUUAUGUCACUCUUUUCUUUGCUGCUAUGAAGUUAGUAAAGAAAGAUUAUGCAAAAUACUCACCUCCUGUCAUUAUUAAAAUUAAGAUUAUCUGUACACUAAAGCUAGCAUAAUCUUCAAUUUCUCCAGAUCAGUUAUGGUGCAACAGACCCUCUGUUAAGUAACCGAGUGAGUUACCCGUUCUUUUAUCGCACCGUUCAAGGGGAUGAGAUUCAAUAUCUAGGAAUUUCAAAAUUAUUAAAACGUUUUGGAUUUAACUGGGUUGGUAUCAUUACAUCAGGUGAUGAAAGUGGAAGAAGAGCUCUCCAGUAUCUCACAAAAGAGUUAACCAGACAUGGAAUUUGUGUGGAGUACAAUAUUCAGUUUGAUAAAAAAGAUAACUAUGCUAAAGCUACUGAAAUCAUUAAACAAACAACAACGCAGAUAAUAAUUCUAUGUGGAUCUUGCAAUUCUCAACUGAGAACUCUUCUCGCAAAAAGCAAGGAUGCACUAAUUAAUAAGACAUUAAUCCUUCCUGCAUCUUGGGCUUCUCAUCUAGAACUUACAGAGAUUGCUACCACAUCAUCAAACUGCAGCUUAUUGCUAUCACCUCCCAGAGGAUACAUUCCUGGCCUUCAAGAAUUCUAUGACAAUGUUCACCCAUCCAGUCACCCAAAUGAUACACUACUGGAAGAUAUUUGGAUAUGUCUUCUCAGUUGCUUAUCAAAAAAUCUAAAUAAAAACAAAUUUUUCCCAUUGGUGCUUCAUCGACAACUUCAUACCUGUACGGGGAAAGAACAUAUACAACAAAGACAAUAUAACAUGACACUUGACACAACUCCUUAUAAUGUGUAUUCUGCAGUGUAUACCAUGGCUUGGGCUCUAAAUGAUAUCCAUUUGCAUGACAUUAGAGAGUCAAAGGAAAAGAAAAUAAGAACAUACAGAUCUAAGGUAAAUAUGUGUUUCAAACAUUUCAUAAGCAGUCUAAUAUUAAUAUUAAUAAAUGCUUAGUGUUUUACAGGGAGUAAUGGUGGACAGUUAGUCCAGCAAUCUCAGUCAAUCAGGCUGUGCAGAUUGGAAAAUUGACAUUCAUAAUUUGAAGGUGUUAAUUUCCCAGUAUAAAUUUGUCUAUGUAAGCACAAACAAGUGGCGCUAAACAAUAUAUGAAAAUAAAAGAAAAACAAAUCCCAGUGUGUCUAAAACCAAACCAGUGUUUUAGUCACCCUUAAAACACUUACAUUGGUACAAAUGGAUACAGGAAAAGAUGGUUUUGUGCACACAAUGGAUAACUGAUGAGAUAGUCUGUAACAUAAACAUCUAUCAUAGGGCAAUAUGCAUACAACCAAUAUCUGGUAUAAAAAAUAAUUAGGAGCACUCACACUUUAGAGAGCCAUAUAAGUCGGCUCUCUACUGUAGUAGCAUGUAGAAUACUCAAUACUGUAGUUGGAAUGGUCCCCCAGGAACAAGAAUCAAAUUCUGUCUGGAUACAAUCAGGAACCAAAAUAAAAUAUAAAUAAAAAUGGAGUCCUUGUCCAUUAAAGUCCAUGUUAAGUGACCUUCUCAUCAUGGUUGUCCUUUUCGGAUGUUUACGUCCGGUAUUCUGUCUUCCGGUAUUCCGUCGGAACGUCAUUUCCGCUUUCGUCACUUGACGACGUCAUUUCCGUUUUCGUCAUGUAAACUAAGAUUUCCGGCUAUACACCUAAAAAAACGUCACUUCUGGUUCGCGUCAUUCAGGAGGAGGAGUGACAAACAUCCUCCUGAAUGGCAUAAAAGGCUAUAUUUACAGAGUCCAUGUUAAUUUGUCCAAAUACACCUCAUAAUAAAGGGCGAAAAAAGGAGGAAAGGGAUGGGACGAAAUGUAUUAAUAAAUAAUUACACAUAACAAUUUAUGCUUAACUUAAUAAAACAGAGAUAUGAAUAAAACAAUGUAAGAAACAGUAUAUAUAUAAAAAAAGAAUUAUGUUCUAAAGAAGAAUAAAGGGUCCUUCUCAAUACAAAGCUAGAAAUACACAUCUAAAAUAAAAUCUUUUAGAUGGGCUGGACAAGAUCUUACAAGUGGUUGGAGGAAGUAAUCUAUAUAUUGAGAUAGCUGGGUUAAAACUGAGUCUAUUCCUGAGACAAUUGGUCUUCCAGGUGGGUUAUCUAGGCUUUUGUGAAUUUUAGGUAGAACAUAGAUUACCAGUAUUUUUGGAUGUUCUACUUUAAGAACUUGUAAGAUCUUGUCCAGCCUAUGUAAAAGAUUCUAUGAGUCUUUUAAAUAUUUUAAAUGAUUUUAAGUGGGAAGAGGAAUAUUUUUUAGUCACAUGUGAUGUGACUAGUCUGUAUACCAUUAUCGAGCACCAAAAGGGAGUCCAAGCUGUGGAAUUUUAUCUUGAACAAUUGAAAGAAUUUACAGAAAUGCAAAUUUAAUUUUUAAUUAAGGGGAUCUUAAUGAUUUUAACUAACAAUUAUUUCUGGUUUCAAAAUGAUUUUUAUCUACAGAUCCGUGGCACAGCUAUGGGGACCAAGUUUGCCCCAAGUUAUGCGAAUUUAUUCAUUUCCUAUUGGGAGAGGACUUUUGUGUACCAAGGACAUGGGUAUGGGGCAAACUUGGUCCUCUAUAAAAGGUAUAUUGAUGAUAUUUUUAUGGUAUGGAAAGGAACAGUGAGUGAUUUUAACCAAUUUUUUAAGCAUCUUAAUCUAAAUGAUUGGGGGAUUAAAUUGACUAAAAGUAUCAGCCUUGUCUCUAUAGAUUUUUUAGAUCUUAAUAUUUUAUCUCCAAUAACCAGAUCAAAACUAAAACGUUUUUUUAAACAAGUUGAUAUUAAUAGUUUUAUAGAUAUAAAUAGCUGUCAUUAUGAUCCCUGGUUAAGCAACAUAACAAAGGGUCGAUAUUUACUGUUGAAACGAAAUUGCACAGACCAAAAGGAUUUUAAUGAACAAUCAGAAAUUAAAAAAACAAAACAAUUUGUACAAAAGGGGUAUAACGAAGAUGCACUUUUACAGAGUUUUAGAAUGGUUGAUGCUAUUGCAAGAUCAGAUUUACUUAAAUAUAAAGAUAAACAGGAGAUAGCAAAAACAAACCAAAUUCCCUUUAUUUUUAAUUAUUCUAGUAAUACAGGAAUCCUUAAGAAUACCAUUAAUAAAAAUUGGCAUAUCCUACAACAAGAGCAUGAUAUUAAAGAAUUUCUGGGAGAAAAACCUAAGUUUAUCUUUAGGGGUGCCAGGAAUCUAAAACAAAUUCUUACAUCUAAUCAUGUACGUGGAGAAGAAAAACUGACAUUUAUAGAUGAUUGGUCUAGAAAAAAAAAGGCUUUUUCCAUUGUGGGUGUUGCAAAGAUAUGUUUAUAUCAUCUAUAACCAAUAAACAAUAUUCCGUAUCUUCUUUUAUCUCCUGUGAGUCAAAAAAUGUUAUUUAUCUUUUAAACUGUAAAUGCGGUUUGCAGUAUAUAGGAAAAACCUCAAGAUCUUUAAAAAUCUGCAUAAAUGAGCAUAUCAGAAAUAUAAGAAAAGGUUUUCCAAACCACAGUUUCUCUAAACAUUUUUCAGAAGUGCACCAAUCUAACCCUAUAGAGUUAGAGUUCUUGGCUAUCCAAAAAGUUUCAAAUAACUGGAGAGGUGGGGAUAAUGCCCUUAAUCUUAGUAAAAAAGAAAGUGCUUGGAUUUUUGAUUUACAGACAUUGCACCCUAAGGGGUUAAAUUUAGAUUUUGAUAUUGGCCCAAUUUUAUAAUUAAGUUUUGUUCUAAUAUUUGUGCCCCUUUUUAGUUCUUCUUAGCAUUUUAUUUUAGAUGUGUAUUUCUAGCUUUGUAUUGAGAAGGACCCUUUAUUCUUCUUUAGAACAUAAUUCUUUUUUUAUAUAUAUAUAUAUAUAUAUAUAUAUAUACUGUUUUUUAUAUUUUUUUAUUCAUAUCUGUUUUAUUAAAUUAAGUAUAAUUUGUUAUGUAUAAUUAUUUAUUGAUACAUUUUUACCCAUCCCUUUCCUUCUUUUUUCGCGCUUUAUUAUGAGGUGUAUUUGGACAAAUUAACACAGACUCUGUAAAUAUAGCCUUUUAUGCCGUUCAGGAGGAAGUUGGUCCCUCCUCCUCCUUAAUGACGCGAGCCGGAAGUGACAUAUUUUUAGGUGUAUAGCUGUAAAUCUUAGUUUACAUGACGAAAACGGAAAUGAUGUCGUCAAGAGAUGAAAGCGGAAAUGACGUUCCGGGGGUAUACUGGAAGAGAGAAAACCGGACGUAAACAUCCGUAAAGGACAACCAUGAUGAGAAGGUCACCUAACUUGGACUUUAAUGCACAAGGACUCCAUUUUGGGAGGGGAAUGAGAACCGGAAUUCCCAUAUAUGGGUCUGGGUGGGCGGGGUUUGUAUAUUACACAUAUGUGUGUUAUAUUUUUUAAUUGUGUAAGGUAUAAAAGCAUGCUAUAUGUUUGUACUAGUAUUGCACCUGAGGAAGACCAAAGCCAGUGGUCGAAACGCGUUGUGCUUAUCCAGUUUUUACUUUUAAUAAAAUAUUAUAUUUAUAUUUUAUCUUGGUUCCUGAUUGUAUCCAGACGGAAUUUGAUUCUUGUUCCUGGGGGACCAUUCCAACUACAGUAUUGAGUAUUCUACAUGCUACUACAGUAGAGAGCCGACUUAUAUGGCUCUCUAAAGUGUGAGUGCUCCUAAUUAUUUUUUAUACCAGAUAUUGGUUGUAUGCAUAUUUCCCUAUGAUAAUUGUUUAUGUUACAGACUAUCUCAUCAGUUAUCCAUUGUGUGCGCAAAACCACCUUUUCCUGUAUCCAUUUGUAUAAAUAUGUCUAUGAUGAAUGUGGUCUCCAAUCACCAAGAAGACCUCAUAUUUAUUUCAAACCAUUACUAAACUGUUUGACAUUAAACCUGCAAAUGAUUCUAGGACUUUAGUUAACUUGACCACCAGCACUAUCAGUCAGUCAAUGUUGUCUAAUUGAGAAAAUUAUUUGAUAAAGCGAAAGUGUUUAAUAUUGUAUUAUCAAUGCAAAUGGGGAAAGAGAUGAAGAAGGUCCUUCAGCACCCGGACAAUCCAAAAUGUUUUGACACUCCAAAUCCCAUCCAAUUAAACUGGGAAUCUUUGAUUCAAAGAUAAAGGAUACCGCACUCUCACAGUGAAAACCAGGUGCUUCAAAGAUCAGGUUGACCAAACCCAAUUUAGUAGAUUUUAGUAGAAAGUAGGUCCAGGCACUCAAGGUUAUUUCAAAAAGGCAGAUUUAUUGAAUAUUGAAUGUGCAACGUUUCGACCUUCAUAGAGUCCUCUGUAAAGGCUGAAAUGUUACACAUUCAGUCAUGGACUAAUCAAUAGGUUUCUGAUUUUUCUCUUAUCUCUCUGCAGCUCUGGAAAAAGUUCCAUUAGAAUAACACAUGCAGGACAAGCCUCUCAUUUAAUUUCUCACAGCAAAGGGAAUAUAUAGAUUUUUGGUCUAGGGUUUAUAACAUUGUUUAGCCAAUCACUGUUGGUGCAGUGUCCUUUGUUAACCAAGCAGUUCUAACAUUUCACACUAUUUUGAACUAGAUAAGUGAUUCUGAUCAGUACAAGUCAGGGUACGGUUUAGUAUGUGCUUUGCAAGCAAAGAGAGAGGCCCCUAACGUUAGCAUUUUAAAACAUUUCAGUGAGACAGCUAAAAAGUCUGUGUUACAGUACCCUCAGCAGUAAAUGUAGAAAAUCGCCGUUUAGUGAAUGCUCCCCGUUCGCAAUAGCAUAGGCUGCAUGCGUAUCUAGUACAAUCAUGCGAACCGCAAGCAAGGGAACACUGCAAACUCAUGAACGGGAUCCGUAUGGGCACUUCACUCCACGAGCUCCAAACUCACAAAUCGCCAAUAGUAGCUGAAUGCAUAUAUCUCCCAAGCGGCUAAUAAUCCCAUCCAGCAGUCUCUAGUCAUCGAUAAUAAAUCCCCCCAAUAACGAGACCAAGCUCCGCAUUCAGGGUAAAACAAGAAAUGGCUUUACUGUGGGCUACCUGCCCGUAUUUAUGCAGGUCUCCCACUUGGUGGACACUCCCCUAGGGGACCAAAUGGGAGACUGUAACAACAGACAGACAUAUGGCAAGUUAGGACCCACAGACACAGAAUAUUCCCAGCAUACAUUAGUAUUUCCUCCCCUCUGCCCUGGAGAUAAUUGAGAAGUAAUUCAAUUAUCUCCAGGACAAGGACAAAUCGCCAUUUUAAAUUCAGUAUAGAAAAACACAUAAAAAUAUAUAACUUGGCUUCUGUCGAAUGCUACCCAUUCGUAUCACAUAUCCCCAGAUAGCCUGGAUCUGAGGGCAUAUUAUUGGCGAAUAGCGUUCAGGUCCCAUAUGCACAGUUCAAUCGCCAUGGAGUCAAAGUCUAUUACAGUCCUUCGGUAUGCGAUUGACUCCAUGGGAAGGCUAUCUGGGGUAAGUCCAUUCGUAUGUUUAAACCUCCCGAACGGCCGGGGUUCGUAUCCUUCUGUCGACUGAGAAGGGGAGGUCGACGGCUCCAGCGGUGUUCGGCGAAAAGAGUGUCCAUUUUCAAUUCCAUGAAAUACAUGCCGAACACCGCUGGUCUUUCGAAUGGUUUAAAAUGGCCGCCGCCUCGUGGUCGACAUACGAACGACGACCACCCGGUAUUCGGUUCUUAAUUGAGAAGUGUCUGCGGUUAACCACACUGUUCUAAUUGGGAUCAAUAGGUUAACCAGCAGCACACUUCUCUUCUGGGUGGCCGUCCGUUCGGUAGUUUCAUUCGGCGGAAAAAGUCAAUUCACUGAACAGAUGCAUACGAACGGGUAAUUCCACAAAAAGGCAGACACAGGCAAACAGACAAAUCCAGCAACCAGUCUCUACACAGAUGGAUCUGUCACAGUCUGUAAUCAAUAUAUAUAAUGUGAUAUAUUAGACCUAAGCAUCAAAACUGGUCCCUUCUGUUUAUAACCUCCAAGCUACUUUUCACUGGACAGCCGCUGCUUUCUAACAUGUUAGCGAGUAGCGGCUGGCUACCCACUGCAAAUUUUAACAGUAACAACAUGCAGUUACCAGCAGGUGCUGUGAGGACCAGUUGAUGGCUAGUGGCUAAUCUCUUCCAUUAUUUUCUAUGGGAACCUCCAUCCCCUACUUAGCUACUGCUCUUUGACUUGUUUAACCAUAUUGCUAUUCACUAAAAUGAGAAUUCAAAGUGAAUUUCAAACUUAACAUAAAAAUAAACAAAUUGGAAUAAAAUCCUGAAGUCAGCUAUGCUUCCAUUUCAGCAAAUUUGACCUUAAAUUCUAAAUUCACUUUGAAUUUUCACUUUAAUUAUUAGCUCUGCAAGUGCCACUAACCCACAAAAUUAACACCAACCUUUGUCUUAGUGUAACAAGGUUUCUGACAGCUACCUCACUAUACAACAUGCUAAAACUAUUUCCACCAGUCUUUCUAUGUUUUAUCAACCAGCCGUUGCUUGCCUAUCAUUUGUUGAACUAUACUUACUCAGGUGUGUUUCUGUGCUUCAUCAGCCAGUUGAGAAUAUGCUUGGUAUUUGUAGCAGCCAACUUUAUUAAUUGAAUAUGUUUGUAAGCUUGGUAGUAAUUUGAAGCCGCUACAAACUUCCAACUGUUACAGUGAAAGCUUACGGCAGCUAUUUACUGACAAGACUCUAGACAAGAUUUGGAGAUCUAUUCAAGGUCUCUUAUUUUACUCUAUAUAUUGUUUGUCAGCUACAACUUACAAUCGAAUACCGUUGUAUUCAUAAUGCCAUUGAAAUUGUUAUGAGUAACUUGUUAUUUUACAAUCAACUCUUUUUUAUCCUUGAAAGGUGAAUAGCUAUUUGAAGAAAGUGCGUUACACUGACCUCGCUGGCAAUGAUAUAUUUUUUAAUGAAAAAGGAGAGUUACCAACUUCUUAUAAGAUUCUGAACUGGGUAACUAAAUUUCAUGGUGAUAAGCUGGAGUUCACUAAUGACCAAGUGGGUCUGUUUAAUGAGUCACAUGCAGAUGACCAGCAAAUAAUUAUUGAAGAAUGGAAAAUAUUAUGGAAAAAUGACAAG